GUAAACAAGACGUGAUGGACAGGCGCUGGGGCGGCCUCGGACCAAUGAGAACCAGGCUGAGCUAGGACUGCGGGCCAAUGGUGACGGGCGGAGCAGCAGGCCCCAGGGGGCCGGGCCAGCGCUCCAGCCUGGUUGGCAGCUGCGGCGCAGAGUCCAGCCGCUGGUGCGCGGAGCGGUUCAGCGUCCCCGGAGCGGUUCGGCCCAGCCAUUCGCCCAGGCGCCCAGGCCCGGUGCGCGCGUGCGUGAGCGCGCCUGCGCCCCGGGGCCGCUGCAACGGGAGGAAAGCGGCUGCCUCAGGAGGACCCCUUUCCUCCCAGAAAUUACUCAAUGCUGAAACCUUUCAAAGUGAUAUUAGAGGCGUUGGAAGCACCAUGGAUGGGUUUUAUGAUCAGCAAGUCCCUUUUAUGGUCCCAGGGAAAUCUCGGUCAGAGGAAUGUAGAGGGCGGCCUGUGAUUGACAGAAAGAGGAAGUUUUUGGACACAGAUCUGGCCCAUGAUUCUGAAGAGUUGUUUCAGGAUCUCAGUCAACUUCAAGAGGCUUGGUUAGCUGAAGCACAAGUUCCUGAUGAUGAACAGUUUGUCCCAGAUUUCCAGUCUGAUAACUUGGUGCUUCAUGCCCCACCUCCAACCAAGAUCAAACGGGAGCUGCACAGCCCCUCCUGUGAGCUGUCGUCCUGUAGCCAUGAGCAGGCUCUCGGUGCUAACUAUGGAGAAAAGUGCCUCUACAGCUAUUGUGCCUAUGAUAGGAAGCCUCCCUCUGGGUUCAAGCCAUUAACCCCUCCCACCACCCCCCUGUCACCCACCCAUCAGAACUCCCUAUUUCCCCCACCUCAGGCAACUCUGCCCACCUCUGCACAUGCCCCUGCAGCUGGCCCGGUACAAGGUGUGGGCCCCGCCCCCGCCCCUCAUUCGCUUCCUGAACCUGGACCACAGCAGCAAACCUUUGCGGUCCCCCGGCCACCCCAUCAGCCCCUGCAGAUGCCAAAGAUGAUGCCUGAAAACCAGUAUCCGUCGGAACAGAGAUUUCAGAGACAACUGUCUGAACCCUGCCACCCCUUCCCUCCUCAGUCAGGAGUUCCUGGAGAUAAUCGCCCCAAUUACCACCGGCAAAUGUCCGAACCUAUUGUCCCUGCAGCUCCCCCACCCCCUCAGGGAUUCAAACAAGAAUACCAUGAUCCACUCUAUGAACAUGGGGUCCCAGGCAUGCCAGGCCCCCCAACACAUGGGUUCCAGUCACCAAUGGGCAUCAAGCAGGAGCCCCGGGAUUACUGCGUUGAUUCAGAAGUGCCUAACUGCCAGUCGUCCUAUAUCAGAGGGGGGUAUUUCUCCAGCAACCAUGAAGGCUUUUCAUAUGAAAAAGAUCCCCGGUUGUACUUUGACGACACUUGUGUUGUUCCUGAGAGACUGGAAGGCAAAGUCAAACAAGAGCCCACCAUGUAUCGGGAGGGGCCCCCUUAUCAGAGACGAGGUUCCCUUCAGCUGUGGCAGUUCCUGGUUACCCUGCUUGAUGACCCAGCCAAUGCCCACUUCAUUGCCUGGACGGGUCGUGGCAUGGAGUUUAAGCUGAUUGAACCUGAGGAGGUUGCUCGGCGUUGGGGCAUCCAGAAGAACCGGCCAGCCAUGAACUAUGACAAGCUCAGCCGUUCUCUACGCUAUUACUACGAAAAGGGCAUCAUGCAGAAGGUGGCUGGGGAGCGAUACGUCUAUAAAUUUGUCUGUGACCCGGAUGCCCUUUUCUCCAUGGCCUUCCCUGACAACCAGCGUCCGUUCCUGAAGGCAGAGUCUGAGUGUCACCUCAACGAGGAGGAUACCCUGCCACUGACCCACUUUGAAGACAACCCGGCUUACCUCCUGGACGUGGAUCGCUGCAGCAGCCUCCCCUAUGCCGAGGGCUUUGCUUACUAAGUUUCUGAGCGGCUAAGCGGCCAAACCCUAGAGCUAGCAGUUCCCAUUCAGGCAAAUGAGGGCAGUGGUUUUGUUUGUGUUUUUGGCUGUUCCUAAAGCUUGCCCUUUGAGUAUUAUCUGGAGAACUCAAGCUGUCUCUGGAUUGGCACCCUUAAAGACCGAUACCUUGGCUGGGGAGUGGGGACAGGGACGGGCAGAGAAACCACCAAAAGGCUGGUGCCUCAGCUCUGACCCUGACAAGGUUUCUGGGAAGAGAUUGAAAUGGAGCCUCCUUCCCAUGGACAAUAUAUGCAAAGCAAUACCUUGUUCAGGUUAGUGCCCACAAACCAGGACGGAGUGUGUGACAAUCUGCAUUGAUCACGGACUACUAAUUGCCUUUACGUAGAAGGGCUCUGAUUUGCACAAUUUAUUGAACAAGAAAUGACAAACCUGUAGAAGAGUAGGUAGGCUACGAAGUCAGGGAGGCUCAAACCAUGAAGGGUUAAAAAUCUUAAAAUCUGGAGAGUUCUUCUAGCUCAAUCUGAAAUGUUUCCCCCUUGGUCUAGAAAGAAGGAUGGGGGUGGGGGGGAAGUCAGAACAGCUGUUACCCACUCCAUGGUUCUCAAAUAAUAAACCAUUGCUACUCUUGGGAACCUUCUAGCCAUGUGGUCACCAAGUAGAACAAGCCCCCUUUCUCUUCCCAGUCACACGGCCGUGUGUGGAUGGCUUUCAUUUCAGAAGGGUGAUUUACACUUUUGACAGUAUUUUGUUUUGCUUUGAUUCGGGGGAUUGUUUUGUUUUGGUGGUUGUUUUGGAAAAACAGUUUAUAAACUGAUUUUUGUAGUUUUGGUAUUUAAAGCAAAAAAAAAAAACAAACCUUUUGGUAACUGCGCACUGCGUCCUUUAGCAGGGCGGUGCCGACCGAUGAAGACGCUGCAGCUUGAAAGGGGCUUUGCUGGGGGCUUGCCCUUAGCAGUGUCCAAGCCCACUUUAUUGCCUGCUUUGUGCUUUCUGCACCAGACAGCCUGACAGAACAUUUGCACCUGAGUUGUACAUUUUUGAGGUGUGCAGGGCAGCCUGGACACCCCGCUGAGAUUCUAUGUGUAUAGUUCCCCGCGUUCUCUAACACGCCCUCUCUGGAAAGCAUAUGUACAUAAUACAUAUCAUGUCCAUUUGAAACCUGGCCACCUGGUGGGAACCCUGGGGGGUUUCUCCCUGGGCGUGACUGAUGACAAUUUCCAUUUCAUUCGUCUGUUUUGUUUCCUUCUUUUUUUUUUUUUUCCUUUAAUCCUUGGACUUUAAACCCUGCAUAUGAUUCAAUAGGGUUUCAGAUGUACGUGUGACACUGACAGGUAAAAACAGUGCUAGCGUUUUAGUUUCUUGCCACCUUCAAAAAAAAAAAAAAAAAGCUAUUCUGAUUGCUGUAUUAUAUUGGAAAAGUUUUAAACAACCCAGCUAAAGCUAUGUGAAAGUUGGCCUCGAAGUAGAGGAAAAGUUCUUAGGAGGUGGUGGUACCUUGCUACCUGCCCUGCUGGUAGGAUUCCGUGCUCCCCGCGGCACUCAGCACGUCAGGAACGACUGCUGUUCUUCAUACGGGGAAGACCGUGCCGACACGGUGAGCGGAAGAAACGGGCUUUGAUUUGUUUUCCUACAAAUGGGGUGCGCUACCGUCUCAAACAGUCCCCCUUAAGACCAGCAGCAUGUCUGUGAAGAGGGUCCUAGGGAUAAGGGGGUGCGUUUUACAGCUCUGAAAACAGGAGGUUUUCCUCUAUUGGAAGCUAAUUAGCCCACAAAGGUAUUGAACCUCUAGCUUGGGCCUUAAUUAGCAUUGUACUCUAAUCAAAGGACUCUUUCCAAACCAUAUUUAUAGCUCUCUAACCUCCACAUAGUCUAUAUAUAGAUGCAUAUUUUACCCCCAGCUGGCUAGAGAUUUAUUUGUUGUAAAUGCUGUAUAGGAUUUGUUUUUUUCUUUCUUUACUUAUCCUGGUUUGGGUUUUCUUUUUUUGAUGAAUUUACGCUGUCUUAGCAAGUAUGAAAAUAACCCUCUGUAGCCCGAGCUCCCCUCUCCCCGGCUGUAACUGCGUGGCCUGUGCUGUCACGGGACCUAGGAUGGCGGCAUCACCGUUGCAUUCCCAUCGGACUCAUGCACCUCCCGGAUGGUUUUGGUUUUUUUAUUUGUUUUGUUGUUUUAUUUUUGCUUCUUUUCCAGAGUGUGGAAAGUCUACAGUGCAGAAAGGCUUUAACCUGCCAGUUGAUUUGAAAUACUUUCCCCUGCGCAGGGCCGUAUGCAUCCUGCCAAGCUGCGUUAUAUUCUGUACUGUGUACAAUAAAGAAGUUUGCUUUCAGUUUA